AUGAAAUUUGACUCCAGAUUUCUAACUGUUGAUAUUCCUGAUUCAUUUUGGAAACUUCAAAAAUUACCAACAGCCAUAAGAAUUAUAACAUUAUUAGCAAUUCUUUUGUCAGGAUGUUUAUUCAUAAUUCGUAUGAGAAGUAUUGUAAAUAUUAAACCUGGAGAAGGUGAAUCUAUUGACAAUGUUGCUUUCCCAAUAUUCCAAAUGGUACCAAGCAAAUUGAAAUAUUUACCAUUUUCAAUCUUUUUGUCUAACUUUGUUGAUACAUCAGGCUGGAAAUUUAUUGUAAACUUUUGCAAUUUAACAAUUGGUGGCUCUUACAUUGAGCGUAAUUGGGGAUCCUCAAAAGAGAUGUUUAAAUUUUUAUUAGUUCUCGGUACCCUUACAAAUGUUAUUGUUGUAUUACUAACGAUUGCAUUAUCUUUUAUCAUUCCUGGAAUAGAUUUGAACAAGCCAAUUGAUGGAAAUUAUACAGUUUUAAUUGGUUUUCCUAUUGUAUAUAAACAAUUACUACCAGAAACAUCUAUCUUCGAUUUAAAGAAUGUUCCACUGAUAUCUAAGAACUUCAGAUUCAAGUUAUUACCUAUUUUUGUUAUUUGCACAGUUACUUUAAUUCAGAUACUGUGGCUGCAUCAUUUUGCUCAAUUGAUAAGCAUAUGGCUAACAUUUAUAUCCACUUGGAUGUAUUUAAGAUUCUUCCAAUUGUUACCUUUAUAUGGUACAGAUGCAUCAAACAGUGAAAAUAUUUUGAGGGGUGAUUCUUCAGAUACAUUUCAAUUUAUCUAUCUAUUCCCUGAUAUUGUCAAACCUAUUUUGAGACCUGUAUUUUCAUAUGUGUACGAAGUCUUCUGUAUUAAACUGAGAUUAAUCCGUCCUUUCGAAACUACUGAUAUAGAUAAAGGUAAUUCAGUUGCUGAACAAAGAGGUGCAAAACCAAUUGGUACGCCAUCUACUGAAGCGAAUGAGAGGCGUAAACAGAAGGCUCUGGAAGUAUUGCAAGAGCGUAUGGUAUAA